AUGGUAUCCGAUCCUAACAAAGAGGCAUCACUGGCCACGACCAAUAUGAGAUCCGAUCCUAACAAAGAGGCAUCACUGGACACGACCAAUAUGAGAUCCGAUCCUAACAAAGAGGCAUCACUGGCCACGACCAAUAUGAGAUCCGAUCCUAACAAAGAGGCAUCACUGGACACGACCAAUAUGAGAUCCGAUCCUAACAAAGAGGCAUCACUGGACACGACCAAUAUGAGAUCCGAUCCUAACAAAGAGGCAUCACUGGACACGACCAAUAUGAGAUCCGAUCCUAACAAAGAGGCAUCACUGGCCACGACCAAUAUGAGAUCCGAUCCUAAAAAAAGAGGCAUCACUGGCCACGACCAAUAUGAGAUCCGAUCCUAA